ACGAGCGGCAGCAGAGAGCGUCCAAUCACGCUACCUCUUUCAUGCUCACUCCAGGAAGUGCUUGUGAAUGAGAGUUACUGGCAGGAAGAGAGUGGGUGAGCGUGCUGCGAGUUCCUACUUCCACCUGGCUGAGUGUGAGCAGCAUCUAUGAGCUGGCUGUGACAAGUUAUUGAAGACAUGAUUGAUAUAAAGGCCUGGGCCGAGUACGUAGUAGAAUGGGCUGCCAAGGACCCAUAUGGUUUUCUAACGACUGUGAUCCUGGCCCUCACUCCCCUGUUUAUUGCAAGUGCUGUACUCUCGUGGAAAUUGGCAAAAAUGAUUGAGGCCAAAGAACGGGAACAGAAAAAGAAGCAGAAACGACAGGAAAACAUUGCAAAGGCUAAGAGAGCAAAGAAGGACUGAGCGAAGGAAAGUUAACUUCUAACUACUAAAGACGCUCUUUAUAUGCUUCAUAUUUUCUAAACAUUCUAAAAUGUUUGACCUAACUGGAUAUAAUUAUCAGUGCUUUAAACACUUGUCACUACAAUGAUAUGUUCUUCUGUAUACCGACUACUUGUGAAUUGAUUUUCUAGGUUUUUUUUUUUUUCAUUAAAUGUUUGAUCAUUUCAGAAGUCAGAAUUAAGCUGUAUGUGUAAUGCUCAGCCAUGGCCAUUUUCUAUAUUUUGAACAUGUAAGAGUUUUUUAAGCAUGGGUAGCCAUGGGCACCCCACUGUAUGAUCUUUUAAAAUUAAAUCAGUCCUGAAAAAUGACAGUUGCUCAUUGUCUGCUGUCAUAUGUCUAUGCCAGUCCGUCCCAUGUCACUGGCCGGAUCAAUAAAUAAAUGGUCUACUGUA